AUGACAAACUCCAAAGAAGUCACACCUCCCCCUGCUGCUGCUGCUGCUGCUGCUGCCCCGGGUGUCAAGGCUCUCGCUCACACCGCCCCUUCUCAACCGAACUCGCCUCUCGCCAAACGCCCCAAGACUGAAGCCAUGGCGGUUCCAGAGACUUCCGAAACUGCACCCGCUGUUGCUGUUGCUGCUGCUGCUCCUACCUGCCAGCUGCAGGUCAAGAAGCUGGUGCCGGAAGCCCGCGCGCCUACCCGAGGCUCUGCCUUUGCUGCCGGAUACGACUUGUAUGCUGCAAAGGAGACGGUGAUUCCCGGCAGAGGCAAGGGGUUAGUUUCGACUGGACUUGCAAUUGCUGUUCCAGAGGGAACUUAUGGAAGAAUAGCGCCCCGCAGCGGGCUUGCGUCGAAGAACUUCAUUGACACUGGAGCCGGUGUUAUCGACGCUGAUUAUCGCGGAGAAGUCAAGGUGUUACUAUUCAAUUUCUCCGGUGUCAACUUUACCAUCAAGGAAGGCGAUCGAAUUGCCCAGCUCAUCCUGGAGAGAAUUUACACACCUGAAGUUCUUGUAGUUGAACAAUUGGAGGAAAGCGUACGUGGUGCCGGCGGGUUCGGAAGCACAGGUUAA